AUGUAUCAACACUUGCUGAUAAAAAAUUUUCGAACUGAAAUUAUGAAAACUCCUUAUUAUUUACUAUUGAAUGAUAAACCAUUUCAAAUCAUACUAGAUCAAACACUAUCAUCGAUAUCAACAAAACCCCUAAAUUAUCAUCAUCGUCGUUAUCAAUUACAACAAAUAGCUUUAUUAAUGCAUAGAAUUAAAUUAAUACCAAUCUAUCUUCGCCUAUGGGAAACCUAUUGGAAAUCUGGUAUGGGACAAUUCAAUCUAGAUUCAAAAGAACACUAUAGUUAUCCGAUGAAUUAUAAAAUUUGGCCCAAAAAAAUACAAUCAAUACUAUCCUUCAUACAGAUCAAAGAAGAAAAUAAACAACAGAUGCAUAUAGAUUUUGUUUAUGAUUAUAUCGAUGAACUUAAACAACAAUUGACAACGAGCCAAAUCGAACAUGAGAAGAUGACGAAGAAUUUCCAUGGUUAUACUUUCAGUAUAGAAGAACUCUUAGAAGAUUAUUUAGAAAAAAACUUAUCUUCAUUACGGAUGCAUAUAGAACAUAAAAUUAAACUAAUUCAUUAUGAUUAUCAUAUUCAAGUGAUCAAACUCACGUAUGAACAAGAACAUCCAAAUGAAUAUCAAAAGAAAAUUUUUAAACAAUUAUGUCAACAUAAAUAUGAACAAGAAAAAAUUGAACAAGAAUCACGUUUUUUACAACAGCAAAUGAAUUAUUAUUGUUCAUUCGAUAAAUCAUUGAAAAAUUAUGAUGGUCAACCAAGUUCAUAUAAUGAAUGUAAAGAAAUGGUAAAACGAUUCGAAGUUAUCUUAUAUGAUUUUUAUUUGAAAGCAAAUCAAAAAUAUGCUGAUAAAUCGAAAGAGAUUGAUAAUACAAUAAUGAACAAAAGCUCUAUAGAGUUUGAUCCAUCUAUUGCAAAAACAAAUGAGCCGAUGUCAUUAACCAUGAUCAAUUUAAUCAAUGAAUGUUGUAUCAAAAUUACUGAACGUAUUCAAUAUUUUGUUGUAUUUUUUGCUUUUCCAGAUCUACUACGAAUCAUGUCUGAAUUUGAACAUCAAAUCACCUUAACAAUAAUUUAUAGUGAUUAUCGACGUACAAGAAUUGAAAUUCCAAACAUUGGCCCUUCAAUUAAUUGGAUUUAUGUUCAUGAUUCUGUAAAUAUGACUCAGAUGAAAUAUUUAUUUGAGAGAUUUACUAAUAAUUUUACAACGUUUAUGUCUAUACCAUCAAACCCGAUGAGUUCUAAUCAUCAAAAUUAUUGUGGUAAUACAACGAUGAUUCUUGAAUCUAUGAAUAAGAAUGAAUCAAAUAUGUUUUCAUCACCCACAUUAAAUAUGAAAAAUUCAUGUACCAUAUUCAACUAUGAUACUAUGAGUCUAUUCAUAGUAUGGUUAUUAUUGUUGUUAGUAAUUUUAUGUGCUUUAAUACUUUGCUUUAAUGUUUAUCCUGUUUGUCGGAAAAGAUUUCAACGACGACGACGACAUACUUAUUCAGUACGAAAAGCUGAAAAUAAUUUUUUUAAACAAUUCAAUACAGAUUGUUCUGGUACAACUGUAGACAAUUCUAGAAAAACUUUGACAAAUUCACAUGAAAAACGAUGA